AGGAAAAGGGUACAGGACUCCUUGUCUGUUGUACAACGCAUUGAAGGACAUCUGCCGGCCUGCACUUCACCGGCGGAGGUGCUCUCUUUCUCUUUCUCCUUCUUUCUACUGCAACACUUUCGUAGUGCAGCGCCAAAGAUGUUUCGCUUGUCGUUUCCGCUGCUCGGCCACGGCCAGUACAAGACGCGUCUGAAGAAGCGCAUGGUGGGCUUCAUCCCCAAGGUCAUUCCGCGCAAGAUCCGCAACAACACCGUGGCGCUGCGCAGCGAGGCGAACACAGGUCACAUGGAGGGCUACAUUAAAACGGAGACGGAGCGCAUGGACGCUACGGGACGCAAGCUGCAAAAGGUUAUGUGGGACCCGAUUCUGCAGCGUUACACGCUGAUGAAAGAGACAAAGGUGCGAGGUCCCUUCAUGACGAAGAACCACAUCGCGCGCAAAGUGGACUUCCCGAUUGGCGGCCUGCAUGGUGUGAAGAUGGCAGGUAAGAAGUGA